GUACCUUAUGCCCCAGCAGGCUCUUUUAAUGCAGGCGCGAUGCAUGUCAUGAUGGUGUUUCCUUACAUGUCAUGUCAUUAAACGACUGCCGUUACUCUACGCACUCGUAUUCCAAUUUCACAAAUGGGAAGUUUCAUCUUUCCCAUAGCACGUGAAGGCAGCAUAACGUGCUUCCUCUGCAGUCGGAAGUAACGAUGAAGGCAAAUCCCGGCUCCUGUUGACUUGUGUUUAUGAGGCGCAGUGUUUCUGCCCAGACAACAUGACAUCUCUGUGGCUGCCAUCCUCACUGUUGCUGCUGCUGCUGCUGCUGCUUUUCGAGGUCGGCAGUGUUUCUCUUCAGGAAAGCAGCAGGCCCAACUUUGUCCUGAUGAUGGUGGACGACUUGGGAAUUGGUGACCUUGGCUGCUAUGGCAAUAAAACUGUGAGGACUCCCAGUAUCGACCAGCUGGCACAGGAAGGUGUGAAGCUCACUCACCACAUCGCCGCAGCGAGCCUGUGCACUCCGAGCAGGGCGGCGUUCCUCACAGGACGAUACCCGAUACGAUCAGGUAUCGCCAAUGAUCAACCACCUGGUGUCUUCUUAUUUAAUGCAGGAAGUGGAGGUCUGCCCAGCCGAGAGCUUACUUUCGCUAAGCUGGCCAAACAGCAAGGCUACAACACGGCUCUUAUAGGAAAAUGGCAUCUUGGACUGAACUGCGAACGCAGUGAUGAUCACUGCCACCACCCCAGUGCCCAUGGCUUCAACUAUUUCUUCGGUAUCCCCCUGACUAACAUGCGGGACUGCCAGCCUGGACAUGGCACCGUUUUUGUCAUUUAUAAAUUCCUACCUUACAGGACAAUAGCCAUCGUCUUGGCCACUGCGGUCUUGCUUCACUUCUGCGGCGUCAUCGCCGUCCGCCGGCGGCUGGUCCUGAGUCUGGUGUCGCUGCUGCUCCUGAUCACAGGUCUGCUUGUGGGCUUCAUCAUGCUCGUCCCGUAUUUGAACUGUGUUCUCAUGAGGGACCACAGAGUCGUGGAGCAGCCGUUCAUAUCUGAAAACCUGACACAGAGGAUGACUCAUGAGGCAGUGGACUUCAUAGAGAGGAACUCGGCAAAGCCUUUCCUGCUCUUCUUCUCUUUCAUUCAAGUGCACACAGCCAUGUUUGCCUCUGCGGCGUUCAGGGGGACGAGCAAACACGGCAUCUACGGUGACGCCGUCCAUGAGGUGGACUGGAGUGUUGGUCACAUCUUGAAGACUCUGGACAGACUCAGUCUGAGGGGAAACACUCUGGUCUACCUGACCUCAGACCAGGGCGCUCAUCUGGAAGAAUCCCCCAGUGGAUCCAAUGGAAUAUAUAAAGCAGGGAAAGGCACAAAUUGGGAGGGAGGUAUCCGGGUCCCAGGAAUUCUGAGCUGGCCAGGGAAAAUCCCCAGCAGCGUACAAAUCGACGAGCCCACCAGCAACAUGGACCUGUUUCCCACAGUGGUUCACUUAAGUGGAGCUUCAGUCCCAGAGGACAGGGAGAUUGAUGGCCAUGACCUCAUGGAUUUGCUUCAGGGGAGAGUGGAAAGGUCCAGCCACGAGUUUCUGUUCCACUACUGCGACAUCUACCUGAACGCGGUCAGGUGGCACCCUCGGAACAGUAGCUCAGUGUGGAAAGCCCUUUUUUUCACGCCAAACUUCUACCCCGAGAGCGCCACCGUGUGUUCCCACACCAGCGUUUGCCUGUGCGCAGCAGAGUUUGUGACGCGCCACGAUCCCCCACUCCUCUUUGACCUCUCCAGGGACCCGUCGGAGACCACGCCGCUGAAGCCCGACACCGAGCCGGCGUUUCACUCCGUCUUGGCCGCGAUGGCCGAGGCCGUGGAGCAGCACCAGAGGUCGGUGAAGCCCGCGGAGGGGCAGCUGUCCAGAGGGAAUGUGAUGUGGAAGCCAUGGCUGCAGCCCUGCUGCUCAAGUUUUACACAUCUAUGCCAGUGUCAGGACCAGUAGAUCAUAUCACACGUGAAACCUCAGCAUCUGAAUAUUAAAUACUGUUCAAUAUGUCAAAAUCUUGAGUAAUAUCCUCCACCGUGGAGGUCUGUCUGCCUCUAAGCAGCAUAUUUAAAAGGACAGAUUUAGAUUACAUUCUCUGGGUGUGCAGGUUGUGGCCCAAGGAAGAAAUGUUAAGAUUUUGGACGUAAUCAGGAUAUGACAACUACGGUCCACACAGUACUGAAGGAAACGACUACAGUUUUGCUUUCUAGAGUGACCAAGACAGAGUCCUCUUGUUUUUGGGGGGAGGUUGAGUGUCUCCCUCCUAAACUCUGCACUCAAGCCCCUGCACUUGCUGCUCGACUCUCAUUUCCAAAGAGGCAUCAUCACUCUCAUGCUCUCCGCGAUACGAUGAGGUCAAGGAGGUCACAUCAACUUGCGCACUGCCUCGUUUUCAUAUGCGGCUCUAGCCCGGGCAAGGAUUCCGCCUUUUAUGGACUUUGUUAAGAAGACAUCCUUGUCUGACAUCAGCUGCUGUGUUUUCCUUUGACACCAUGUCUUUUUUCUUUUUCUCUCUCUCUCUCUCCCGAGGAGAAGCGCUCGCAUGAUGACAUCACGCUGAUAUAUUUUACUCAGUGUUAUCUCCUGACUCGACACUCAAUAAUAAAAAAAAAAAUCUAUAUUAAACUGAAACUGGAUGUGUUGCUCCAACAUUCUAUAUUUAAAUGGAAAAAGAGUACUACAAUUAUAAUUUAAAAAGUCUCCUGAUAUAUGCACACACUGUGCAGCACAUUUGCUUUUGGAGAGCAAUUUAACUGAUAAGGUGGUUAUUUUUUAGACACCGCUGGAUAUUAGUAAUUAUAUUAUUGCACGGCCCUACUCGGCAUUGUCUGGGACACUACACAAAUCAAAGCAGCCUUUUUAAGAGGCAGCUUGAAGGUCAUUCCUUCGAGAAGGUGCCGUUUGUCAUAGAAAUGCCAAGACGUGCGGCUUAUGAGUUAAACACGUUUUCAGAAAGAAUCUCGACAAAUUCAUUUAGUUUACUGUAGUUUACACAAACACGUAGGAUCACAGUCGGCAGCCAUAAGCCGCCGUGAAUCCCGCGUGCUUGAGAAAACACUCCGCAGUCUCAACAGAGUUUGCUGUGUGACUGCUGUCAGUCACUGUCACUUGUAUGUGUUUACGCAUGGCUACAUUUCCACUUUGUGGCCUUAAACUGUCACUAGUGUGUCGUGCGUCGGAGCGCGGCAGACAGUCCGUAUACUUAAGGAGUUAGUUCGGGUUUUUGAAGUGAAAGUCAGUGCCGACAGUGCUGUGAUAUAUUCGGUAUAACAGGUUUGCCGUUUUAUCUCACGGUUUGACAGCCUUCACCGACUAGAAACGCGAGUUUGUAAACCGCUCACUCUCCUGCACCAAAGUUCAUAGAGGAAAUCUAAGUUUAAAUGUGUUAUUUUGUUUGUGUGUUUGAGAACCUUUGUUCAAAAAUACCUAAGUGGCAGAAACUUGGGUAUAAAGCAGCAGCAGCAGCAGACCAGCGGCUCCUGUGUCGACAUGAGCUAAAAACGAUGAUUUUCUGUGUGUGUCGUUGGAAAAAGCUGUUAAAACCUUUUCUCAUCAAACAUAUUCUUCAGAUAUAAUAGACUUAAACAGAUGAAGUAGAAGUACCAGACAAAAAAGCCACCGUGCACACCGUCAUAGAGCAGCAGUUGUCACAAUAGCAACUGAUACUAAGAGCCAGAUUCUGUAUUUCCCUGAAGAGUAUUUUGAGUAUGCACUAUUUUAGUUACAGCACAUUCUGCCCUAAACUGGCAAAAAAAAAAAUUUUAAAAUGCAGCUUCAAAAUAUGUAGAUAAUGCGGAUUCUCACCCAUGUGAAGGGUUCUGUUGAUGGAUUUUGUUUGUUUUACUCUUAUUUAACACCAAACUACAUGACUCAACACUAACUGGUCCAAUGUGCAACACUAGUUAGAUAGGGGAAGUAUCAUCAGACACAGGUAGUAAUUUAAUAACCACACAAAAGACAGAUUCUGGUUUAAAAAUACUGUUUGUUUGUUUUUUGUCAUAUUUGGCAAAUAACUCGUGAGAGGUAAUUAAGAAUAAAUCAACUGAAAGUUGUUGUCAUUCCGUUUUGUAAUUACGCGUCAAAUAUCUUCAUGGUUCAUUUUAAAAAGCUGCUUUGCAAAUGGUGUUUCUGUGGUUGGGUUAUUAGUAUGUUUUUGUCUGUUUGUAGAAGUGUUUACAUGACAUGAUUCUGCAGUCUUGCGUGUAAAUCAGACUUGUGUCUAGACACAGUGAUUACAUUAUACAGUCAAGUAAAAAUUAUCAUCAAGUAUCUGUAAUAAAACAAACUUUUGUUGGGAAAUGGGUUAAGAUUGUCAAGUAACUCUCCUUCUGUGUCUCGCAUCCACAUUGUGGCUCAGCAGGAAAGUCUGCUGUAAUGGUUACAGGACGCGAUCGCUUUUACCAAAUCCAACUUUGACGUGAGCAGAGGCAUACAGAUCAGGCCUGAGAGGAAUGCUGUUGUAUUUUUAUUUUGUUCUUAUCUUGUUUUUCCUUCAUCCUCCGUGGAAUUUGUUUGAAAAUGGUGACCAUUAAUGGACGGGACAAUGAAUCAAUUACUCAUCAAAUAAAAGAAAUCACAAAAAGUUAAUUGCAGUGACUUUCCAUAAUCAGAAUAAUCAUGAAAUUGGGAAAACUAUAAUAAGUACUAUUUAACAUGAGAGACUUGAAAAUCCUGUUGUCACAUAUACAUAUAUACACACACACACAUAUACAUACAUUCAUAAACA